AUGUUCACGUUCAAGGAAGCCAUUUCUCCUCUUGACACUACAAACGCCUCCCAAAAGCUAUUGUCGGUUCCGAGCCGUCAUAAGAAUUCAGAAUAUUGCAGGAAAAUGUUGCGCAGAUUGCUGCGUGAAAAAUUACUCACCGAGAAGUUCUUGCAUCACUCUGAGUUGAACAGAUCGCUAAACAUACCAUUUACUGUCGCCAUAGUAUGUGCUUCGUCGAUACCUCUCCUGAUUUUCGUGCUGAUGCCGUACUCGUUAACCACGCUGGCCGGUCCGUCGACCAUCCUCGCCGUGUUGUUGACAUUUGUCAUUGUUUUGCUGUCAUCGGCUCAUCUAACCGAACUGUCAUGUGCGUUGCCGAAGAGUUGCGUUCUGUACCAAUUCACGUUCGCAAUGUUGGGUGAACUGCCUGCUUUCUUCGCCGCCUGGACGGCCGUUCUCGAUUCCAUCUGCAUCUCGACCAUCCUUUGCAGUUCUUGGAGUGAGCACAUGGUUAGUGGAUUUAAUGAAAUAGGAAGUUCACUUUCUAAAAAUCUCUGUCGAACAUGUUGGUCAGAGUUAUCGCUAUGCCUUGUCAUAGUAUCCGUGCUGAUGACAACCAGUUGUACGAUGGUCGGAUUCUUCCAUGCAGAUCCUCAGAACUGGAUUAACGCCAGCUUCUUUGGGUUUGGUUUCCAUGGCGUGAGUUUGUAUGAAGCUAGGCGACCAUUACGAGAUUUCAUUUGCAGCGCCUUUUCAUGCAGUCGAACUAAGCGUCUAAAUCACCAGAUACUUACUGAUUUGAUACUUGAAUGGCCCACCCUCCACUGGUUGUACGGACCGCAGCAUAAUCUGCUUUUUUCAGAGAUUUGCUGGUUAAGCCAUUGUGGUUCUCUUGAAUCCCGAGGUCAACUUGACCAAUGUCUGCCCCAGGUCUUCACCACCGCAGACAGUCGCAACACUUGUGGAUCAGAGAGAGAUUUGCCACCAUGCGACUUUGAUGCCAGGACGAUGGUGGAUCCUGGCAUUAGUUUACUCUUAGCUAGGCUUCCUGAUGGAAAGGCCGGACUCCUCAGCUUGGGAGACCCUGCCUGUGUGACGAAUCCCCGCUGUACAUUGCAGUCCGACACCCAGGAACACCUCUCAGCCACGAUGAGGCGGCAAAUGGUUCGGAGACUAAAUCACCAGAAGUCAUUAAAAAAAUCACUUUUUUUAUGA